GAUAAAGUUCCUAAGAAAUGGGAAGUUCUUGAGUACAAAUAUAGUAUGAUAGCUGGUGGUCGGCAUCGACCUGAAGACUGCACUGCCCGCCAAAAAGUAGCCAUUAUUGUUCCAUAUCGAGACAGAGAUAUCAACCUUCGAAUAUUUCUCAACCACAUGCAUGCCUUUCUCAUGAAGCAACAAUUGGAUUAUAGAAUUUACGUUGUAGAUCUUGAUAAAAAGAUUCCAUUCAACAAAGGAUUUCUAUUGAACGUCGGGUUUAUGGAAGCCACUGAAGAUAAUGAGUAUGACUGCUUUAUUUUGCAUGACGUUGAUUUUAUCCCAGAAAAUGACCAUAAUCUAUAUACAUGUGCAGUUGACCAACCCAGGCAUUUAUCUGUAGCGAUGAACAAAUGGAAGUACAAACUUCCAUAUCCCAAAUAUUUUGGAGGUGUGGUAGCGAUGACGAUGGAACAGUUUGAGGCAAUUAAUGGAUUUUCAAAUGAGUAUUUCAGAUGGGGUGGCGAGGACGAUGAUUCUUAUAAUAGGGUUGCACAUAGUCACAUGACAAUAUACAGAGCAAUGGGUGAUGUAGGAAGAUACACCAUGCUCCCUCACAAGCAGGCUGUUAAAAACCCAAAAAUGUACAGUUUGAUGAAGACUGGAAUAAAACGCAUGAAAAGAGAUGGUUUAAACUCCUUGAAAUAUAAAGUUUUGCAAAGGUCUGAUAGAAAGCUAUUUACAUAUAUAAUGACCACUUUAGAUAGGACGAAUCGUUGA